AUGACGAAUUUGCACAUCAAGUUCCCCUCUGUCUGGCCUGGCUGGAACAUGCCAGAGUGCACACUCACUUCCGUACCGCAAUCCGAGACUUAUUCCCUCCCUUCGUCCUCUUCACCCCGGCACAAGUAUGACGACGAACCGAAAGUAGUCUCAGUGACCGUCGACCCGAAGGUCCACACCGACUACUGCUCCGACUCGCCCGUCUUUCGCGGCUUCAUCCAAGACGACCCCGACGACGAGCGGCCGUACCGCAACCACAACCACACCUUCGUCCGCCAUGCCCCCCCACGGCUCUCAUCGUCGGACAGCAGUAGCUCGGAGGACGACGCGGGCCCUGCCACCACUGUUGCGCUCAAGUUUGCGAUGCGCGACGAUUUCAUCGCGGACCUCGUAGAGGAGGCGCAGGUGUACGCUGGGCCGCUGGCGACGCUCCAGGGAAGGACAGUGCCGCGCUGCUACGGGCUGUUCGUCGCUGAAAACGAGGACGGCCAGACGAUCGCGUGCCUUGUGCUGGAACACUGGGGCGAGGUCAUCCGGAAGCCCUUCCGCCAGCUGCCUAUAGAGACAAGAAUCCGGGUACUGGAGAGGCUAGGGGAGAUCCACCGACAGGGGCUUGUCCAUGGUGACUUCGCUGAGCGGAAUGUCCUGCAGAACACGAACGGCGAUAUUAGGAUCAUCGACUUCGACCAGGCUGUAUACGACCACGACUGCAAGGGAGAAGGUGCCCGAUCGGGCGCAGUUUGGGUGUGA